AUGGACACUAUUGGAGGUCUUCCUAAAUACUUGCUCCCCCAUGGAGUAGAUAACAUCCUCACAACUCAAAGAUUGGAUCCCAUCGUCACUCCAGGAAAAGUCUCCACCCAUGUUCAUUCAGUUCUUGGUGGAAGCGGAUUCGGUCUGAACGUCAAUACGUCGAUCCUUCAAGAAAGCGAGUGCACAUCAAUUCCAAUCCAAGAGGACAAGAGCAACUAUUGGUUUCCGGCAAGUUCAUCCCUAGCUCGAAGUGCUUACAGACAUUGCUCCGUAAACGGAUUUUUUGAACUUGAAUAUUCGCUCUCAGAUUAUCUUUUCAGUGAUUCUGCAAAUGUGACCGCUCCUUUUCCAAACAAUUUCCGCAUGCUUUCGGGAGAUACAACACUCCGAACUCUCAAUGCUUCAAGCUUCGCUCAACAAGCCGUCACAUUCCUUUGCCUCCAAUUCAGCGGUACCUCCAACCGAUAUAAUGAACUGCCAGUAGGAGUGAGCUGUCCAGCCGGGAUUCGUUCUCAAAUCAAUUUUCCCAGUUGCUGGGACGGCAAGAACAUUGAUUCCGAAGACCACAAAUUGCAUGUAGCUUUCUUAUCUACUGGCCCUGACAAUGGGACGUGCGACGAUCCACGUUAUCCGGUUACAUUGCCUCGUAUUUUCAUGGAGGCAAGUACCGUUUACUGGAUUUCUCAAGACUUUGAGGAUCAGCGUGACCAAGCCCUGACUCCCAGUCAGCCAUUCGUUUUCGCAAACGGGGAUCCGACGGGAUAUGGGUAUCACGCAGAUUUCGUGAAUGGCUGGGAAGAUGGUGUACUUCAGAAAGCUAUAUCUGGGUGCAACUGUAACCCCUAUGGCGACCCUUCCUGCUGCGUUGAUGCUGGCAUCUUCACCUUCAAUCAGACUCGACAGUGUUUUAUUUCUAAUACUGUCGACGAGCCUGUUUUAGGGAAUUUAUCUACACUCCCCGGCGCUAACCCUGUGCAGGCACCCUGCUUUGAAUCUUACAUCGCGACCUCUACCCCUGUAAUUUUGGCUCCAGUUUACACGUAUGUUGCCUCUGCUUCAAUUCAGCUUCCAUCCGGAACUCUUGCGACAUCAGCUACUGUGACCCUUGCUACACAGACAGCAGUGGGGACGUGUAUCUGGAAGGGGGCAGGAUCACUUAGUCGGAACGUAUCGACAUGCCUGCGAAUCGCUGCUGCUUUGGUCCAUUUAUUUUGGUUUUUUGUUUGA